CCUAAAGAAACAAAAAUGGCGUAAUUUGUUGAAUGUCAAUAAUUGAAAAUGUGUAAAAAGUAAAUAAAAAUGUUUUCUUCGUUCAACAAUUUGUUACCCAGUGUUAUUCUUCUUCUGUAUAGUUCAAAAGCAUGUACCGGAGACAUCCCCACACCAUCUCUCGUCCUCUACAUGCCAGGAGAGCCGGAGUACACGGAUGUGCUGGUCCGAAGAGUGCACGACAACCUGACACUGGUGUGUGAGCUGAGAGGCGAGGCGACGCACAGAGUGUAUGUCUGGAACUAUAUGAAGGAGAAUGGGACGAACGAUGUUAUGUUUCAAGUGGAGCCAAAGGGCCCGACGACGAGUAGUACCCUCACGAAGUACGACCUCCAGGAGUCGGACAGCGGCCACUACAUGUGCUCAGCGCCGCCCUUCAGCGUCACCAAGUACAUACUGGUCCAGACCCGGGGCCCGAAGUACUGCGGUCGAGGCGCGUUCUGGUGCGGAAAGCGCUGCAUGGCGCCGCAGUAUGUCUGCGACGGGCGCCGCGACUGCGAGCGCGCCGAGGACGAGGCGCCCGCCAUGUGCCCGCCACACACCUGCGCGCGUAACGACAAACUCAACUGUUCGACGGGUCGCUGCAUAUCGGAGUCGGCGUGUUGCCGCACCAACAGCCCGCUGUGCCAGCAGCCCUCCUGCUGCGACGAACACCCGCGCUACUCCAGGCUCGAAGGCUACGUGGAUGUGGAAUACCCGCCGCUGUUCGAGGACCGGCACGCGGGCGACGACUACGGGUUCAUACAGUCGACCAUAUACACUGUUACUGCGUGCGCGCUGAUCUUCAUGAUCGCGGUGGUGCUGCUGGUGUCGGCCAUCUGCAAGAUGCACAUGAAGCGCGCCGCGCUGCGCGAGUACGCGCACGCCGAGCGCGCCACGCGCCAGCACUACUCGCUGCAGUACGCGCAGGUACAGCCGCAGCGUUUCCCGCCGUGUUACGAGGCGUCUCGCCUGCUGGAGGCCUCUCCUGCGGCCUCGCCCCCCACAUCACCCAGACACGCGCUACAGUGCGGGUCAGAGUGUCCCCCCGCGGCGCCCCCCGCAGACACCGCGGUGGAGCCCGAGCCUCCCGCGGGGGGCUUCGGGCUCGCCAGACUGUCCGCUAUAUUCUCAUCUAGGUAUCGACAGGUACCAACCCAAAGCGACGUUGAACUAACAAACGUCCGUUCCUCCUCUCUAAACAACUCACCGACGCGGAACCGAACCCUGGACAACUACCGCAGCCCGACCUACUGCGACCUGAACACGUCGGAGUUCUACUUCACCAACCCCGAGACAGGGGACUACGGCCGAGACCUCAACUAUAUGGCGACACCGGUCGACUAUAUGCGGAGGAACUCUAACACAACACUAGAGAGAGUCAUAGACCAGCUGGACAGACAGAGGCUGACCCUACAGCUAGGUAGGUUUCAACUCACUAUACCUAGGUUCGGGAGGCGGGCCGAGACAGACAGACGCCCAGACACACCCAACGUAGCAGAAAUUAACAUAGACGACCUAGACUUCGUCCGAAUGACCUCACACGACACUUACACCCUAAACGGUAGGACCAUACGACUUUUAGGGGCGAAUUUUGAGAAUUACCCCGUUUUGCCCGACGGGACCAGACCCCCGCCCUAUAACGAAGCUAUGCGAUGUAAAUUCUUUGGACCCCCACCUGAGUAUCUGAGUCGAGAGGGACUGAAUGCAAGGGUCGAUGAAGAAGCAAGAAAUAAUAUAGAAAUGCCGCCCUGUUACGACGAGCUAGGGAACCCUAGUAAUGUACAGAACCCGGGCACAUCCAACACGUCACAAGGGGAAACUUCAAAUGCUACUCAAAAUGACAACGCGAGCGUCAGAGACCGAUCUAUUAUUAAUAAUAAUAAUAAUGGCGAAAGUUCACAGGUUAUAACUAAUAAUAAUACAAGCGAUAGUACUGUAAAUAAUAAUGUCCCAUCUCUAUGUUCUAUUAUUAAUAAUUUGCCGGCGAUCGAUAGUGAUGUGAACGCGAAUGAUACAACCGUGAACUGUUAGCUAAAUCAACUCGUUCUUUGGAACUAGUUGAUAAGGUUAACUAGUUGUUUGACGCGACUAGUUUUUAUUUGAACUAGUUUAUAAAAUCAACUAGUUUUUUCGUUUUGAUGUUAAAACGUAUACACUUGGGUAUAUUAUGUAUUAACGAAAUCAACAUUUUGUCCCAAAAUCAUUUUUACUAUUUUUAGUAUAUCAUAAUUGAAACCAUUUUUUUUUACGUUGCGUA